AUGAAGAUCUCGGACUUAGGAAUGGUUUGUGUGGCAUGUACAGCUACAUUAAUUCAAGCGGAGAUAUUUUCAACACCCAUCUACUCUAUAGCAAGAAACUCGACUUUUGCACAAACGAAAAGGGCAGUGGUGAGAGAAGAUAGGAUUGCGAGGAGUAGAUCUAAUAGUCAUAGGAAUAGUGAAGUGAAGGAAGAGAGGACUCGGGCUUCAAGGAGUGGCGAUCAUGGUGAAGGGGGGCAGAAGAGGUUAAAGAAUCCAGUUGGAGGUGUGAAGAAUGAUGAGGAGUAUUUGGCGGCCACGAGGGAAGGAGUAGUUGGUCACAGGAAAGCAAAUCACGGGAGUGGAGUACCGGAAUGGGAUUGGAAUGAACUUGUAUAUGUCAUAGAUCUAGAAGUUGGGAGCCCACGACAGAAUUCACGAGCUCUUCUUUCUAUCUCUGACAAUGACAUGUUCCUGCUGUCAACCGACUGCACGAAUACAUGUAGUUCUCACAACCAACUCUACAACUACUCCUUAUCGAGUACGCAAGAAAUGACAGAUACUCUCUUUACUAUGGACUAUGGACGCUGUUCUACAUUUGGCAAUUUAACCUCCGAUACCAUUAAUUUCGCCGGUCUUGUAAUUCUACAACAACAAUUCGGCGCCAUCGAUAGUAUAAGACAAUUCACGGAUCCCGAUUGGGGUAAUCUGGAAUGGGAUGGCUUUAUUGGACUAGGCCCCUCAUCCGACUAUUCUUCAAACUCCAUUUCGAACCUUUUCCUCAAUCUACGCUCUCAGAACCUACUCCCAAACCCACUAUUCACUCUUCUCCUCCCCCAAACCCUAGACACCCCUGGCCUCCUCACCUUCGGCACAAUAAACCACACCCUCUACACCGGUCUCCUAAAACCUCUUCCCCUCCUAAGCGUCACCUCAACGCAAAAGCAAUCCACAAAUCUCCUAGAUCCAAUAACCAACCGCUGGCAAAUCCCCUGCAAAUCCCUAACCAUCUCCGGUACAUGCUCCUCCUACAACCUCCGCCCCUAUAUCGCGCUUCUCGAAACCUCAUACCCCGGCAUUGGGCUCCCCUCCUCUCUCGUCUUUUCACUGCACAACUAUCUUGAAAUGGAGCUCCACGGAUACGAUAUCCCACCCUCUAUCCCUUGUUCCCGGAGAGAAACUUUACCGGUUAUUACGCUGUAUCUCGGGGAGCAUGAAUUCCCAUUGACGCCCUAUGAAUACACGUUAGAAGUGGAUAGGGAAGAUAUAGGGGGUCAUAGAUGUGUGUCAUUGUUUAUGGCGAGGGAAGAGGAGAAUGGGGAGGAUGGGCAAGUCAAGAAUAUCAUAUUAGGAAGUGGGUUUUUAAGGAAUUGGUAUGGGGUGUUUGACUUGGGGAGGAGGGAGGUGGCUUUUGGGAAGGUGAGGGUAUAG